UCACUUACCACUACCAUGUCUUCAGCUCUCUCUCAGUGUUCGGGAUGCAAAUCCAGUAUUGCAGGCCGGAAGCAAUUCUGUGUUUGUGUUGUCUGUCAAGUUCCUGUCCAUCGUCUUUGCUGUGGUGUUACCUUCCAUAGGGGUAUUUCGCCUUCAUGGAAGGAGUUCAGCAGCUCUUAUCGGUGCGCCAUGUGUUCUGGCAGUGUAGUUCAGGGUUCUAGCAAAGAUGUAGCUGAUGGAGUGGAUGCUGAUGAUGCUGUAGCUGGGGGAUCGACUGAUGAUGUUGCUUCUGUUGCAGUUGCUGUCUCCGAUGGUGGCCGCCCCAAGAGGUUGCUGAAACCCAGAAGCAUUUUCGAUCCUUCACAUGUUGGCAAGAAAAAGCCUCUAGCUAAAGCUUCUCCACUUCGUCCCUCAUCACCACGUCAGCGCUCAACACCUCGUACAUCUCCUCAGACUCAUUCUCCGCGUCGUCCAUCUUCACCACCUUCCCCCCUCUCUCCGUUGACAAUGUCACCCUUGGUGAGUCUUGUUGUGUCUCCUGUUCUUUUUUUGUUGUCUCCUCUUCUUAGAUCGACUCCUCCAGUUCCACCACCACGACGAAGACGCAGAGCCCAACUUCAACCUCAGGAAAAGAUGAUCGUCGAUAUUCUACCAGACCUGUCUCCAGCAACUGCAAUCCCGAGGCGACCAUACGAAAGCGAUGGAAGAAGAGAAGAAGCAUUUGCCGAACCCGACGAAUCAGCCAUGGAGCAAUCAUCGUUUGAGGAACCGACAGAGCCAUCCUACAAGAUUCAUGAGGAGGGAACCAACAAGGGACUCCCGAAGCUUACUGAUGGAUUAGGAUUUUGCUUCAGCAAAAAAGCCAUCAGUAAGAGUACUUAUACAUGGCGUUGUACCUCCAGACCAUCUGGAAACCCAUGCAAGGCGAUCGUGAAGCAAAAGAAAAAUCCUCUGUUAGACUGCUUGCUGAAUUACGACAAUGUUGACUUCACCUUUGUUCCCCACGACCAAGAAAACCCCCACAAUCACCCGCCAGACUUUGGAAACCAGCACAGGGUUGAAAUCUUCAGAGAAACCAAGAAAGCCUGCGUCGAGCAAAAAUUUACGAACCCCAGGGAGAUAUUAUUUGCUGAGAUGAAGAAACGGAAAUCUCUAGAAGGAAGAGACAUGCCGGAUGUUGAUUUGGCCACUCGUCGUCUGCGGUACAAAAGAGCAAAGGUAAUGCCCGCCGGUAAUAGGACUAGUUCUAUGGAGAAAUAGGACUAAUGCCAUGGAGAAAUAGGACUGACCUAAAAGUUUUAAAAACACAGUCCUAUUUCUCCAGUCCUAUUUCUCCAGUCCUAUUUCGUUUCAGUCCUAUUUCACCGCCAAUCCCUGGCCCUGGCGUUUCUUUUUCUAUACGCCACGGAUGAAGACAUUGUCUUUGUCAAAACAAUAGUUUUAAAAAAUAUCUUGUUUUUGUUGGAAAUAAAUAAAUAUUGAGCUCAUAGAGGUAACUGUUUAGCCUCACUUAUUCUACCUGUCCCCUGUAUAGCAGACGCUUUCUUAUUACAUAAGUGCAAAACCUCUUUCUGUUGCAGUUCCCUCUUAAGUGGUUGCGACAGGUAACAAUAACAUAGUGCUGUUCAAAAGUAAGUUAAAGUUUAAUACCGAUUCGUGUGUCUAAAUUGUGUGCUGAUGAAUGGAGUUGAAAGAGUAAUGCUGUUGUACUGUUGCGCCACGUUAUCAACAGUUUUCUCAUCAUGACCUGUCACCUGAUGUUCACCUCGCCAAUGGCCUUACUUUGCUUAUGACAAUAAAUUCAGUUUCAUUUACGAUUACAAGAUUUACAAUGCGUUGCCAACGGAAGACAACGUACCGUCGUCAGGAAGUAAAAACAUUUGCAGAUCUGUGGCCCUCGUAAAUUCGUAGAUGAAUAUCGAUUACUAUCGCAGUCACAAGAGCCCCACAGUGAACACCAACAUCCCAAUACUACGAGAGACGACCCAGGUACAACAUUUUAGGUCAGAGCAAACCGGAAUUUGAUGUCGAUAGCGAAAUUCAGGUGAGCAGUUAAUAACAAAUUCGUUUCCAUUGGCAUCUCUUCCUGUACGUUGCAGGUUUGCAUAUCACAAUCCUCUUGUAAAUUGGACGGACAAUCUUUCUCACGAUGACUGGACGGACGAUUUUUUUAAUGAUUGGACGUACGAUUCUCUUGACAAUUGGCCGGACGAUUCUCUUGAUGAUUGGACGGACGAUUUUCUUAAUGACUGGACGGACGAUCUUUCUCACGAUGACUGGACGUACGAUUUUCUUUCUCACGAUAACUGGACGAACGAUCUUUUUCUUCACGAUAAUGGGACGAAUGAUGCAUGGGCGAGGAGGCGCAUUUUCUUCAUCCAAGAGCUAGAUAGAAGGCCCAUGUCUUCAGAUGCUGUUUUGUAGUCGCCAGGAGCGCUCCUUUCCAUUUGGCUCAAGUCCUCCUCAUCGUGAUCAGCUGUUGGUUCCUCGCCAUCUGGAGUCUCCAUAUCCUCAUCGUCGGCGAUAUCACCAAAUCCUUCGGUAACAUCGCCAAAGUUCUCCACAUCGUCGGACGUAACUGAAUCCUCAAUCAUGGUCAUGAGGCUCUUCAUGACGGCGUCUCGUGCUGCUUCAAUUUCCAUUGGAGAAAAUUCCUCCGCCGUCAUGUCGGUUUUCUCGGUGGUGUCUUUCUUGGCAUCUUCAGUUUCCUCGUCGAUAGAGCGCUUGUACUUCAUACCACCGUCCAUCUUUGGGUAUUCUUCUUUCUUCUCUGCAUACUUGGCUGGAGUUUCGUAUUUAGGUGUGGCCGGAGUUUCGUAUUUAGGUGUGGCCGGAGUUUCGUAUUUAGGUGUGGCCGGAGUUUCGUAUUUAGGUGUGGCCGGAGUUUCGUAUUUAGGUGGGGCCGGAGUUUCGUAUUUUGGCGGGGCCGGAGUUUCGUAUUUUGGCGGGGCCGGAGUUUCGUAUUUUGGCGGAGUCGGAGUUGUUGUAGCUGGAGUUUCGUAUUUUGGUGGAGUCGGAGGUGUUGUAGCUGGAACUUCGUAUUUAGGUGGUGCCGGAGUUUGGUAUUUUGGCGGAGUCGGAGCUGGAGUUUCGUAUUUAGGCGGAGCUGCAUAUUUUGGCGGAGCAGGUGUAGCACCACCGUACAUAGUCGGUUCUGCGACUGACGCGCUGAGCGUAGCCAAUCCGCACAGAGCAGCCAAAAGGAAAUUCACCUGCCACGUUUCAUUAUUUAAUAAGAUCUGUCCGGUAUCAAAGACGAAGCUCCUCUGUAUCUGCGAUCAGACUGAACGUGCCAUUUUUAUAUCCUUCAUCGAAUGUCUCUGUAUUGUUCCAAAGAACCCAAGAAUGGUGCAAUUAAUCUUGUUUUUCCGUCAAUUAGAAAGUGAGGCUUUUGUUGGCGGAUCAACAGUUCGGCGAAACAAAAUGCUGUAUCUUUAGCAUGGACGAAACUUCAUGGUCGCCAGGUUGUGUGGUGGGACUGUUCCAGAAUAACAAUACGGCCAGGCAAAAUGUCAAAACUUAUGUGUCCGUGGGGUAUAAAUACGACUCGAUAGGAACUGUCAACAGGAACCAAGAAACGGAAAUUUGUAAAUGUCAAGGACCGACGGUGACGCCAUGUGAACCCCGUCUGCCGUCUAAAACCCAGUAUAUAUUUCCGUCAACUUUUAAACCAUUCUUUAAAUUAUAAUAACUAAAGGUGUCGAGCACCUCAGAAGAAUCCAAAAAUACCACCAAGUCCCUACAGCGCUGUCCCUCUAUUUAAAGAGAAGUUUGCAGAGUUAAUUAUCGACUUCUGUGUUUCUUGACCUCCGGACGUCUGACGCAAAGCGAAAAUUGCAUCAGCAAAUAAAGUGAAUAUUUGUUGAACGA